AUGACCUUUACAGCCCCGCCCACAGAUCGAACCACACCCAUAACCACCCUUAGCCCCGCCCACAUCCCCGCCUCUAACGGCCUCCCCGGGGCAGUGACGCGUGCGCGGGGCAGCCAAUCAGAGCAGCCUGUGGUGUUCAAUCGGCUGUGGCGGCAGCGCGCGGGGAGCGGCGGGAGCGGCGCUGAAGUGGACACCGAUACCGAACCCGAACCCCGGAGCGUAGCCAUGCGGGCCGCAAAGACCCCCACCCCCCCCCAGGCGAAGCAGCGUCCCCGGCGUAUCCCCCUCCAGGAGCUGCGGCUGCAGCCGGGCGCCGAGGGCACUAGCCUCACCCCGCUGUUCCGCCGAUUGCGGCUCAAGGACCAUGACCGCGCCACUCCAGUGCCCUGCACCCGGGACCUCCCUGUCAGUGUCACCUCGGUGCCCUGCGCCCCAGGACCCCGCAGAAGUGCUGUUCUGCUCCCCACCAGCAGCACUGCCUUAGUGACUUGCACCUGGGGACCCCGCAGCAGAAGCACAAUCCCAGAACCCUCUGGGACUCCUGCCAUGGGGCUCAGCACCUCGGAGACCCCCAGGAGUCCCACCUUGGUGCCUGGUGCCCCCCAGACACCUGGGAAUCCCACCAUGGUGCCUUGUACCCCAGAGCCCCCCAGCAGCCCUGUGCCAGCCCCCCUGUGCAGCCCCAUCCCAGGGCCCAGCACCCCAGAGCCCCCCAGCAGCCCUGUGCCAGCCCCCUCAGGACACCGGCACCAGCGUCACCCCCGUGCCCACCGCAGUGGCUGGCACCAGCGUCACCCCCGUGCACCGUGGCAGGCACAGCGUCACCCCGCCGCAGUGGCUGGCACCAGCGUCACCCCCGUGCCCACCGCAGUGGCUGGCACCAGCGUCACCCCUGUGCCCACCGCAGUGGCUGGCACCAGUGUCACCCCUGUGCCCACCACAGUGGCUGGCACAAGUGUAACCCCUGUGCUCACCACAGUCACCGGUACCUUCAUGACCCCCCGGGACCUGCAUGAGAGGAGCGCAAACGCAUCCACACGUGGCCUUCCUUGCGCCAAAGAUAAUGCUGCCGAAACAGACUCCCUGCUCUGGCACUGUCCUCGGGAGCAACUGAAGUCCCUGCCACGGGCAGAGCUGGAGGGACGGCUGGAGAGCACCCUCAUCAUCAUUGAAGCCCUCUCACUCCAGCUACGUAACUGUCAGGAGAGCCAUCGGCUGCUGCCCGGCGUGGGGCCGGCUGAGCAGAGGGAUGCAUUCACACAGAUGGAUGUCACCCAUUCCGAUGGGGAGGAGGAGAUCUACCGCAACCUCUACCUCGAGCUGCGGAGGAAAACUGAGACUCUGCAGCGGCAGCGGGAAGUGGAGCAGGACCUGCAUCAGGAGCUGGAGCUCACCAUGGCAGGAAUGAGCACCUGGAUCAGGCUGUUUCGGGGCCUUGUGGAUGCUGCUUUUCAGAGCUUGCAGGAUGAACAGGGAGCCCUUGACCAGGAGCAGGAGCAGGUGAGGGCCCUGGUGUCCCAGUGCCGGGCUGUGCUGGAGAGUGUGCCCAGCAAGCUGCGGAGCUGUUUGGAGGAGCGGGAUGCCAUGAGGCAGCAAGCAAAUGAAGCCUUACGAGCCAAGGAGCAGAGUGAUUGCUUCCUGGAAGCCUUCCGUGCCCACGCCAAUGCCCAGAUCAGCGCCCGUGACCAGAGCUUGACCUUCCAGCAAGAGCUGUGCAUGCUGCUGGCAGAUGCCAUCAACCAGCAGGCAUCCCUAACUGCUGAGAGUAAGCGUUUCCGGGAAUUCAUAGACGUUACCUUUGAAAAUCUAGAGAAGGAAAGGAGAGCCUUGGAUACAGAGCGGGAACAGGCAAGGGCCCUGGUGUCCCGGUGCUGGGCUGUGCUGGAGAAUGUGCCCAAGAAGCUGCAGAGCUGCCUGGAGGAGCGGGAUGCCGCGAGGCGGCAAGCAGAUCAAGCUCUACAGGCUAAGGAGGAGGCAUCUUGCAAGCUGGAGGAGACCUCGAUGGCCCUGCAGGAUGCAGUGACUCAACUGGAGGAGCUGACUGUGGCCAACUCUCGCCUCAGCACAGACCUGAGCUCCCUGAUGACAAAUCUGGCCACUGUGGAGCAGGAGAGGGAUGUGCUGCAGCAGGAGAAUGAGAAGCAGUGGGAGGAGAUGGCCUGGCUGGCACGGGAGAGAGAGUCCCUGCAGCAGGAGUGCAAGGGGCUGUUCCAGGAGCUGCAUGAGGCCACUGAGUGCCGGGAGUUCCUUGACCAGGAGAGCCGCACGUGCCGCACGCAGCUGCUGGAGGUGGAGGCCAAGCUGAAAUCCACCCUGGACACCCUGCAGGAGAGCGGCCUGCAGAACCAGGAGCUGAUGGACUCCCACCAGCGCCUACGGGAAGAGCACGCUGCCCUUGGCCAGGAGCUGGAGACCACCAAGGCCGAGCUCCUCGACUUGCAGCUUAAGAGGGACAAAGUCUCCUGGUGCUCUGCAGACAUCGCCGAGAGUAAGCUGCGGCUGCAGGAGCUUGCUGACUGCCUCAGGGCUGCUCUGCAAGAGGAGGAUGACGAUGCUCCAUCAAGAAGCAGAGUCUGGACCCCAGCUCCACGGACACUGGGCUGGCGGACCCCAGGCUGGCAGACCCCACACCGUGCCUGGACCCCUGCCUGCCGCACACCAGGCUCUCGCACUCCAUACUGUGCCAGCAGCUCCUUCGUGGGCAGCGUCCUGAAAGCAGUGUCAGGGAAAGAUGCCAAUGAAGUCACUGGAGGUGGGAGCACAUUUACCAAGGACAAACCUGCCUCUUCACUAAAGCCAACAGAGCCUGAGGAGGGUCUGCUGGAGAGCGUGAAGGAGCUGAGAGCUGUGGUCUCUGAUCUUGUCAUGCUGAGCUCCCGCAUACAGGAUCUGGAGCAGGGCGAGUUCAAGGCGCUGCAGACAAAGAUCUCUGACCUGCAGCUCCGUCUAGAGACAGUGACAGCCGAAAGCCAAGAGAAGAUGGACACCCAGGCUGCUACCAUUGCCAAACUGAACAAAGCACUGAGGGGCAAGCUAGAGAACGAGAAGGAGCUGCAGGACGUGGUGAAACGGCAGGAAGAGAAGAUGCUGCAACUCAUUGACCAGAGUGGGGAAGUCACGAGGUUGAAGGGAGAGGUCUCCCAGCUUAAGCGCUCGCUCCAGCGUGCAGAGACAGAGGCCAAGGUGCUUUGGGAGGAGAUGCGGGAGCAGAAGUCCAUGAUGGAUGUUACCUAUGUGCAGGAGAGAGUCCUGCUGAGGCAGGAGCUGGACAAACUGCGGCUGCUGCUCUUGGAGAAAGAGGAUGAGAAUCAGCUGCUCUCUGACAAAUACUCAGAGCAGGUCCGAGGGCUGGAGCUGAGGCUCUGUCACACCCAGAAAGUGCUGAAGACUCGUGAGGAAAUGCUGGAGAAGAUAAGAGAGGUGCUGUUGGCUGUCCCCGAGGGGACAGUGGGCUGCCAGGAGCUCCACAGCCUGCUGAAGUACUUGGGUCUGAAGCCGUCCGGUGGCAGCAAAGAUGUUGCUGAGCCGCUAUAG